GUCCCGGGAAUCCCACCUCGCUGACCGUUGGCGUUUUUUCCCUGGCCCGGUGAAGACCGUGGCACUCACUCACCCGGCACAGUAGCAGAGCAGCAGGAGGGAACGGAAGGAGGAGCAGCAGCGCGGAAGAGGAAGAGGAGGAGGAAGAAGGAGAGGAAGAACAAAUCAAGAAUCUUAUUUGUUUUGGUUUUUGCUUGCUCGGAUCAUGGAGGUGGCCGAGAUGCCCGGUGGUGGCUCAGAGGAUUCUUUGAUGACCAGGGAAUCCGCACCAGCUUGGCUGUGGGAUGUCCACGGCUCCGUCGUGAUCGGUUCCUCUAUGUGAUGAUUUCUGAUAAAGAUUUGUUCUCGUUUGCUCUUCUUCUAACUAUUCUUUGAUUCUUUCACAGAGGUUUCCCGGUCUUCCAACUUGGUCUCCAAAACUCCCGUCUUUCUUUCCAACUUCGAGCUUGUCCUCUGUUUUCUUGGGACUGAAAGAUCCUUCUUUGCCGCAUUCUUUGAUUCUUCUGAGUUCUUGAAGGUAACAUUUCUUGUAGAAAGAUAGGUGGAGGUUGCGUCGAUUUUAUCUGAACGAGAACCAGAGUUGGAGCAGGAGGAUGUUGGCUGGGUGCUCGUCGACGCUGCUGUCGCCGAGGCACAAGUUGAGGAUCGACGCUUCCGUGCAGUUGCAAUCGUGCCAUUUCCAGCUGCAGGACAAGCAUUGCCAUCCGCAGCAGAAGAUGGGCACCCAGCGGCUCGACCUGCCCUGUGGCUUCUCCUCCCGGAAGGACCCCCUGCGGAUGGCCCUGUCGGUUGAGAAGCCACCGCCGGCGGAGGCCCGGCGGAGCAGUUGCUCCUUUAGGCGCAACCCGGUGACAACUUCCUCCAUGGCGGCACAAACGCCCUCGUGGGGAGGGAUUGAUGAAGGCCACGGCAGACCCUGGGAUCGGAGGAGGAGCUUGAAGAGAUUCCACGAGAGGGGUUCGUGCGACGACGACCGAGCCAAGAGGACGAGGACCGGUGGCGGAGUUUCGGGAUUAGUUGAAGUUGACGGCGAGGUGUGGUUCCCUCGGUCCACCCAAGAGCCUCCGCCGGUGGAAGAGGACAAGGUGUUUCUUGUGCCCAACGCAGCAAGCUUUCCGCUUCCGGCCUCCACGAGCCAUGCUUUGGUAGGAGGAUCCGCUGGUCCCGAGAAUGAUGGCCUGAGCCCAGGCGAAGAUCCAAACGACAAGUCGCAGUCCGAUUCAAGUACGUCGUCGACCGCAUACGCUUCUUCUCCUGAGCCAACCAAGGAUUCUUCAGGCAAUGUGGCGUCGAACGGGUCCCGGAUGCCUUCUUCUUCGGGCGUCGCUGGUGCAGCAGGAGGCGAAGGAGAGGGUAGCUCGGCGGAGCAGCAGGGCCUCGAACUCCUCAGCUUGCUCACGUCGUGUGCGGAGUCCAUUAGCUCGGGAAACUACGAAGGCAUGACCUUCUUCUUGGCCAGGCUAGGAGAGACGGCCACCCCACUGGGAACCCCUCUCCAUCGAGUGGUCGCCUACUAUACCGAGGCCUUGGCGCUCCGAGUCGUGAAGCUCCGCCCCCACAUCUUCUCCAUUGCUCCACCGAAGACCCUCGUCCACCCGACCGAGGACGACGACGCCGUAGCGCUGCGCCUCCUCAACUGCGUCACCCCAGUCCUGAAAUUUCUCCACUUCACCAUGAACGAGAGGCUGCUGAAGGCAUUCGAGGGAAGAGACAGAGUGCACAUCAUAGACUUAGACAUCAAGCAGGGCCUCCAGUGGCCUAGUUUACUCCAGAGCUUAGCUUCCAGGCCCAGUCCUCCGAGCCACCUCCGGAUCACCGGCGUCGGCGAGUCGAGGCAGGACCUCCAGGACACAGGCGCCGCGCUCGCAAGGCUGGCAGAGUCACUCAACCUCCCUUUCGAGUUCCACGCAGUGGCGGACAGGUUGGAAGACGUGCGGCUGUGGAUGCUUCAUGUGAAGAGGGAGGAGUGCGUCGCGGUGAAUUGUGUUCUGACGAUGCACAAGGCACUCUCCGACGAGAGCGGCAAGGCCUUCAUGGACUUGCUGGGCCUGAUAAGAAGCACGCGCCCGGAGAUCGUCGUCAUGGCGGAACAAGAAGCGAAGCACAACGAGCCUAACUGGGAGACAAGGUUCUCCAGAUCACUCAGCUACUACGCGGCCAUCUUUGAUUCCAUGGACUACGCUCUGCCCAGGGACAGCCCGGCCAGGAUCAAGGUCGAGCAGGUGUUUGCCAGAGAGAUCAGAAACGCCGUUGCAUGUGAAGGAGGCGAAAGAACCGAGCGUCACGAGAACUUCGAUAGGUGGAGGAAGCUGAUGGAGGACGGCGGGUUCAAAUGCCUGGGCAUCGGAGAAAGGGAGAUGCUUCAGAGUCGUAUGAUACUGAGGAUGUACUCCUGCGACAAGUACGCCAUAGACAACCAAGGGGAAGAAGGUGAUGGACUCACUCUCAGGUGGUCAGAUCAGCCUCUGUACACAGUCUCUGCAUGGGCUCCUACAGAUGUUGCAGGCGGCUCCUCUACGUCUCAACCAAACUAGUGGAUUCCUCCUGCAUGACUUGGUGCUUCUUCCUCAACAGGUCUCAUACAGACAUAUUCUUUAUACUCUUACAGACAUGAAAGGUCCAUUCUUUUUCCACUUACAAACCAUAUAGACAUUCUUUUCUGGGCUUUUUCUUCUUUGGUGAUUCUUUAAAUUCUUUUGUUGCUGAGGUUCAUCAUUCAUGCUACAGAAGUCAGAAAAUGAUUGUAAUUUGGUUUAGUUAGAAUAUGAAUGAAGAAGAUGUUAGAAUAUUCUUUGAUUA